AUGUUACCUCGUUUGUUUCCUUUCCUUAAAGUUAAUUUCCAUGAGUUAAUCCUGCUACCACGUUUUGGCUCGCGUUUUGUGAACGCGCGGGCCAAAUAUCUUCCUAUAAUUCAAGGUGUAGGUGCCUCUUUUAAUUUCCGAUCUCGUUACCAAGGAGCAGAAUUUCAACCAUUUCGUUUGUAUACUUCUGUGGGCGAACCAACACAAAACGCUCAAUAUAACAGCGAGCUCUCGGAUUCCACAUAUCACCAACUCUCGGAGACGACGAUGGAACAUUUGCUGGAGUAUUUUGAAAAUUUAGGUGACACCUUGGACAACGAGGAUUAUGAUGUCGAAUAUUCGUAUUUUUUUAAUAUGAUAUCCGAUUACAUUAAUGAUAAUCAGGCCGGUGUUUUAACACUUAAAUGCGGUGUGUCAGGCACUUAUGUAAUUAAUAAACAACCUCCAAACAAGCAAAUUUGGUUAUCUUCACCGAUUAGUGGUCCCAAACGUUAUGAUUAUGAUCCACAAAAAAAAAGAUGGGUUUACAAUAGAGAUAGCACAACGUUAGAUGAAAUACUUAACGAGGAACUGUCGUUGAUACUUAAUGUUAAAGUUGACGUACCAAUAGCAUGA